UGCAAAGAAAACAUAAAUUUCUGUGGCCUUUUUGUGGCCAAAUAACUCGGAUUUUGAAACAUCGCAACGCUUUAUUCAUAUUUAGGAUAAAAUCUCACAAAACCAGCACAAUGGGCGAGUAUUAUGACACACUCGGAGUGCCCAGAAAUGCAUCUGAAACAGAAAUCAAAAAGGCCUACCGUAAAAUGGCCCUCAAGUGGCAUCCAGACAAAAACCCAGAUAAUAAAGAAAAUGCCGAGAAGAGGUUCAAAGAAGUGUCUGAGGCGUACGAGGUUUUAUCGGAUAAAAGUAAACGUGAGAUCUAUGAUCGUUAUGGUAAAGAAGGACUCUUGAGCCAGGGUGGAGUGCAGCCAGAUUUUAAUUCACAAUUUGGCGGCAUGAGUGACUUUGACCAUUUUGGUGGCUUUGGUGGCUUUAGUAGUCACAGCCAUGGCUUCAGGUUCAGGGACCCAGAGGAUGUGUUUAGGGAAUUCUUCGCUCACGAUCCAUUUGCGGACUUUGACAACAUGUUUAGAUCUCCUUUUGAACAACCACGACGAAGACAACCACAGUCUGUCCACCGACGUGACCGAGGUGUACAACAACAACAACAACAACAACAAGGGGCCAUGAGAAACAAUAACUCGGUUUUCCAAGCUUCGUUUGGUGGUUUCCCAAGUUUUGGAUUUUCACAUUCAUUUUUUACGGAUGACCCGUUUUCUGACUUUGAUUCCGGUCCUUCUGUGGCGACGCACCAACAAUCGAGGCCACAGCGUCGUCAUCGCAUAAGGGUACACCAUAGCACUGCGCCGAGCCCCUCGAGCCCCUCACUGCUCUCAGCUUUCUUCAAUGACCCUUUCUCGGGCGGUCGAAGCACCUCGGGUCGAGGGGGCUCCCCAUUUGGGUUUCAACAAUCAUUUAGUUCAUCAUUCGGUGGUCAACAAUCUGGAGGUGGUAACUUCAGGUCUACAUCGAGGUCAACAAAAAUAAUUGGUGGUAAAAAGGUGGUUACGACAAAGGUGGUAGAAAAUGGUAAAGAGACAGUGACGGUGGAAGAGGAUGGCAUCGUCAAGUCGCGGCAUGUCAAUGGACAACCCGAGGCGCUCGCAUACUGAUCCUAAGCGCCAUCUUUGAGCGAAAAACAAGACUCUUUUAACACAUUGAAUAUAUCAUAUCAUGAGGUAUAUCAAAAACCAUACGAUAACUGGUCUGGAGAGAGUACUAAUGAUCAACACAGACGGAGAAAAAUACAUGGGAUAAUGGAACACAUUUAGAAUGAUUUCACCCUGAAACUUUUACUUCAAUAGAAGGCUUUUGGAAAUAAUGAUAAAUUCGGUUUUUCCUUUGAGGAAAAUGUGUGCUGAAGAUUUACAUAUUUAUUGACUGGAAUAUCGUUAGAUUUCAAAAUUGUUUAUUGGAUUACAAAUUAUGAUUAUUUGAUUACAAGUUAUAAAUACACAGUGGCUUAUUUACGUGUGUACGGAGGGUGCAUGUGAUGCCCCGCUAGGCGCUGUCCACACGAAAACAUGUCUGGUGUUUUAUACAAGUUAACCAAUUUGAUAUUGAAAUGUCUAAGGUGAAGAUAAGUGGCUCAAGCCAGCACAAUGAAACUUGCCACUGGUGUUGUUGUUUUGGAUCCAAAUGUUCUCAUUUUAGACAGCAUUUUGGACAGCAAAUUAACAGCAAAUAAGACAAUUCUAAUUUGGAUUUAAAAAGGACCUCUGACUUGACUUCAUUAAACUGGUCGAAGGUUGCAUUGGUGCUUGGCUGAUGGAGGGAUCAACCUGGAGCAAAUAUUGUAAAAUGGGUGACGGGGCUGUUUUAGGUUUAUGGGUUUUGAAAGGAAAUCGUUAAGGAUACACUCAACAAGUUCAGUGACUUCGAGGAUGUGGUCAGGCGCACUAUUUUAAUGCUUUGCUGGUUUUUUAGCUUGCUUUAGACAUAUCAAAUUUAGUCAGGGUGAUUGCAGCCAAAGCUUAGGAGUGGUAUUUAGUUCAGCUGAUCAACGCUGUUAAACUGGCUGAUCUUAUAUUACCCACAUACCGACAGGAAUCAUGGGGCAUUAUUGGAGUGGAUUUGCUUGGCUGGUCACAAUUGUCACCCACAUAAAAGCGUGAACAAAUCUAUGGUUUGGCCACAUGUUGAAAUCAGAAGCCAGGGAAGGCACUGUACUGGAAAACGGUUUUGAAGGUUGUGUCCAAAUGUAUAAAGGAAAGCCAGACAGACAGAUAUGAUAUUUUGCGAUACAUGCUGUAUAUUGUAUAUUUUCUUAUUUAUCUUAGUUUUUGUAGUAUUGCCUCUUUUUGUUGUGGUUUGAGGCGUUUGCUGUAAACGAAGCUUUCCCCUGCCAUAAUCGGACCUUGGUCUGCGAACCUUCAACUUGUCGUAUUUUUCGCCAGCAGUGUAUUUUGGAGCAGUUUGCGAUUGCAAAUCGUUAACAAAUCAUCGGUCCUGGUGAUUUGUCAACCAUUUGCAGACAAAAAGGCAGAUUUUUUGGUGGAAAUGCCUAAUAUCUUGUGCCAUUAGUGGGGGUUGUAGUGACUACUUCACAGAGACUCCUCUCUCUUUGUCUGUAGUACUAUGCCCCAAGCCUCUUUGGCCAGACUUGAAAAGGGGGGAAAUGUUCUGCUAGUUCAGACAUGUUCUGAGUUUCUGUGAAGUUUGCACACAGCUUCAGGAAAUAAGGACUUAGUAUUUUCACCCUUGUAUGACCAGAGAGAGUGAAGUACUGUCUCCUCUUGUACUGUGUUCCCUUGGAAUGCAUUACUCGUAAUGUACAUACAUGUACAAUACAAUGGGUGGUUUGGGUUCAGCUUGACAUUCUACACUUCAUGUUUCACACCUUAAAGGGUGAAUAUAUUUGGUUGCUAUCCAUGGCAACUUCUUUGAAACAUCAGGGUUUCUUCCAUCGGGGGGAGGGAGGGGGAGUACCCCUUUGUGUGUGCUUACAAAAAUGGGUUAUACAUGUACCAUCUAAAGAUGAAUGUUGUAUAAGUAUGUCAUGACCUACUAGUCUUUUUAUGGUAUUAUGAUACAAACUGAUCAUUAUUAUGCAAAAGUUUCGUUCUGGAGUUAAGUUGUUCAAGAACUUGCAGUGUUACGGGUUUCAGAAAGCAAAAAAUAUUGAUGUUGUAAUGUUGAAAAAGUGUAUUGAUAACAAAGGAGGAAGAUAGUUAUAUUCGACCGUUGCAAUUAUUGAUUUGCUUGGUCCUGUUGAUUUGUAAAUUUGGCCAUAAUCACGGUGGAUGAAUAUUUAAGGUAUUGAGUUUACCUUACAAUAAGAAAUAAGGCCCUCCUAUUAAAGUGUUGGCUUUGUUAAGGACUUACUCCACUAUAUCCGGAAACUGGUGUGGUUUGUUGUUGCGAUGAAAUUUCAAAUGCAAAAAUGGCAAACUACUAAGGUUUUGUUAGUGGAAUACAAGUAAGUAAGCUACAUGUAGGCUAGCCGUACAAUGAACUAGUCUUUGUCAGCUUCAUCCUUGUGGUCUUUUCAUCUCGAGGCUAACGCAUAUUCAUUUAAGGUUAUACAAUACCAUUAUCCACCGUGAUAACAAACUCGAAUUAAAUUAUCAAGAUCUGUAUAAUCUGCAUACUUGUUUUUGCAAUUCUAGCGAUAUAAAUUGACAUUUAGCAGUAAAAGUAGGAUAUUUAUUUUGUUAUCCUGGAGAAAAGGGUAAUAUUGAAUGGUUUUCGUAAUGUUUUGGUGAAUGUGAAGCUUUUGAAGUGUUUAUCAAACCCUCGGGUUGAGGGUAUACGGGACAUUUUCAAAAUACACUAUUGCCAAAAAAGGAUUCAAAGGCCUGGUCGUGGAUGAUGUUAUGUUUUUGGAUCGACUGUAGUUAGCCUAGAUCUCCCUACAUUAUGGAAUCGUGAGAGAUUUUUAAUGAGGAAAAGUGGUAGUGAGGUACGUUUGAAUCGUGAUGUAUAAAACGGCACUGUUUUAUUUAUUAUGCUGCUUUUGUCUUGUCUCGUUUGGAUUUCUGUAAAUAAAUCAUGUUGAUA